CCCCCAGCUCUCUGCACAUGCUCAGUGCGUUCUUCUCGUGCCGGCGCUUUUGCAAGAUUUGACGCAGGUGAUUCAGCUCCACCUGUAGCGUGUAGGCACAAGACCCGAAACAGGCACACAGUCUACUGCCCCCUAAAGGGAAAAGCAGCAAGAAGGGGAAUGCCUCCUAUUGGCCAGCCAGAACAACACAGCCGUUUCUAUGGAGCGGAAUGCCAGAAGUGCCAGAGAGCCCAACAGGUGGAGUUGGAGCGGUACAGUCUCUUCUACGUGCUGAACUUGAUGGUCCCCAGUGCUCUGGUCAUGUUGGUUGAUGUGGCAGCUUUCGCCCUGCCUGCUGACUGCGCCGAGCGCAUCCCCUUUAAGGUCACGCUGCUCUUCAGCUACACCGUCUUCCUCCUCCUAGUCACUGAUAUACUGCCACCAUUCCGAGACACUACCCCCGUGUUAGGUCUUAAACGAUCAUUCGCUCUGGGGUGUGAUAGGAUGGGACCAGAUGUAUGUGGGCAGGAGUGUUUUACUGACAGGUUGAGGAUAUGAGCGAGGAGCUGAGGAUGCUGAACUGGAAUAAUGCUCAGUGUAGUUCCAGACUUCGCCUGAUGGAGGCAGUAAACCAAUUCUGCUUCAGAGUCUACACCUUCUGUCUGGCUGUGUUUGUGCUGUCUCUGACACUGCUCUGGACUCUGGGCAGAUAACUGGAUACACAUACCAAGACCUACUUAACAUUGACUGACUAGCUAAACUGUACACAGAAAAUACAGUGUUAAAAAGAACUCAACCUUUUAUCCUAUAGCAGGACAGUAGUAAUGAUUUUCUCUACAGUUUGUGAAUAACUAAAAGCAAUAUUUCCAAAGUUGUAUAAUGUGCAUGACACAAAAACAA